AUGUUAAACACAAAAAUGGUUCGAGGUACAAGCAAGGGUGAUGAUAUCGGGUAAGAAUCUUGGCUUUAAAUCUCUUCUGUGGCCUCCAUCGUCCUUCAGGAUAUUUCGAGCAGUGGAAUUAGAUAAAACUUUCCCAGAUUUUCUUUCGCGAGCUACGAUCGAUGAUUUAGAUGUGAACACCACUAGCUAAAAUGUUCGCAAUCUGCUUUUAAUUUACCAUUUGCAGGAAAAUAUUUGUCGGGGGCUUAUCCACAGAAACAACCAAAGGUAAAGUGAACUUAUGACACUCUGCAACUUUGUGAAGAAGGAGAUUUUUCCUAUCUCCUCCCUAUGUGAACUAAAUGUGCCACGUGCUUUGUUACUCAUCACGAUUUGUUUGCUGGAUUUCAGAGAGCCUUCAAGAGUAUUUUAGUGACUUCGGUGAAGUCACAGACUGCAUCGUUAUGCGGGAUACCGCCACGAAACGUUCAAGGUAUAUUCUUGACAUCUUAAAACAUGGAUCAAUUUCUUUGACUCUACAUUUGGUCGUCUAUGUAGAGUCAACAGUCGUGUUUGAUUUAAGCUUAUGUAUUGCCCUUGGUAUGCCUCAUAGGGGUUUCGGAUUUGUCACUUUUCAAGAUCCUGCUUCAGUUGAUAGCGUGUGCCAAAAGGCUGAACACAUCCUUGAUAACAAGAAGGUAUGCUAAUAGUUGUCCGCGUUCUAUUUCUUAAGCAAGCUUAAGAGGAAGGUUUUUUGGGGUAACUUCCAUUGCAAUUAUACUUUCCGAAGGAAAUCACCAUCUAGAUUAAAGAACGUACAGUUAAGAAAUAGUUUCGUGCAGGUAAAUUUCUUUGAUUAGGCUGUGAAAGUGUCCAUGUUUUCUUAUAUCCCCACAAACCUGUGAAGCUAAGUAUAUGAGAACUGUAUUCUAUCGAAAAAACACCACACUUUCUUCGGAUUACUUAUUAGAAUUCAGUUUAGAAACAGGACAUGCAGUUAAACCUUAAGCCUUAUUGCUCUACAAACAAAGGUGGAAAAAAAUAUUAAUAAGCCAGGUCAAGGGAGCAAAAUUAACUUAAGGUUCCAGGUUAUGUUUGCCGCCAUUUUUCACUUGAGACAUUUGAUAAGACUUCUUCCAUGUAGUAGAAUCUAGUUUAUCACUGUAAAUGGCAAAAUGUAAAGUCUGUGUUAUUUUUUUGAGAUUUAUUGAAAAGUAAUGGCAAAUACCAGCAAGUGGUCUUUGCUUGAUGGUCAAAGUGUUUGAAGGUGAUCACUUACAACACUUUGUGACCUUGGCUCUCUCUUUUUGUUUUUCAUAACAAUGGAACUACCAAAGCAAUGAUUAUGAUGGUGGGCAGAAGUGGGUAUUUUGCAUGAGUCAUCUCUUAAAUGCAAAGAGUAAGCUAAGGGUUAAAAGAAAGUUCCAAACCAUGGUUGUUUAGUAAUAUGAAUGUCAUUUGCAAAAAUCAAUAACUUUGAACCAUUCUCUGAAUGACAAGAUAAUCAAUGGGAUAAUUUGCACCAUCAGUGCACCAUCAGUGCUUGCUGAAUGAUAUGGGUCAAAAUACUCAGCUCACUUACCCAUUAUCCAGACCAAUUGCCAUAUCCCUUCCCCUCCCACUCCAAGGUUUUCAGAGCAUUGUUAAAUUGACUUUCCUGUGCCACUUUCAGGUUGAUCCCAAGCGUGCUGUGCCACGAGGACCAGGUCAGCAAGAGAUGAUUUCCACACAAAGUCCUGGUGGGCAAAGUGUAAGUCUCAAAGGAGAGUACUAAAGUAUGUCUGUUGUGUACCAAUAAAUACCAAUAAAGGAAGUUCUCUUUAUGGGCUACACCAAAGUUUCUUAAGGACACAAAAUAAUUUCGAAGGUAGCAUAAUAACUUAGAACAUAUUGAAAAGUCAUCCUAAAAAACAAAAGAACUUGAUUUAUUAAGCAAAGAAUUGAUCCUUGCUUGUGGACUGCAAUUUAAGCAAUGGCAGAAAAAAAAUGAAAAAAUUAAGCUUUGAAAAUAUCAAAAAAUAUGUGUCCUUGAUACCAGUUGGAUGCUGCCACCAAUGAUUUUUAUUGAUAUGUUAAUAUAUGACCAUGCAUUUCAGAGGGAUGCAGGAAACAAUGAAAACAAAAUUUUUGUUGGUGGACUGAGUAGUAACACCACAGAAGAUGAUCUACGACGGUUUUUCUCUGCCAUUGGAAAGGUAGGCAUCAGGCUGUUAACCUACAAUAAGGAAUACAUGAUGUUUAGCACAAAAGACUUUUCACACAAGUCUUUUAGCACAAGUUUUGGACUGUGUGCACAAUUCUUAGUGGUCAUUUUGCACAAUAAUUAUAAGUGAGAAACAUCAAUAUAAAAGGUAUACUAAUUGAUACUGAUAAGACAUUUCACCUUCAAUAAGAUCUAAUGGUGAGAUUGUAGACAUUUAUUUACGUUAUAACUUCAACUAGAUAGAAACGCUUGUGAACAUGAUCACUUUUCUUACUUGAAGAAAGGAACAAAUCUUUCUCUCUAUGAAAAUGUAAAGAACUCCCUAUUUGAACGAUUACUUCUAUUACUUUUCCUUUGUUAAAUGAAAAACCUUUUAGUUUUGACUGUACAUUAUCUGCUACAAACAUACAAACAUGACGACCCAACACUAAGGACGCCAUGUUGAUUUCGAAAGUAAUUGUCACCAGAGUAUUGUCAUUGAGUAACUAUUUCACUUUUUAUUAAAAAGGACAAAAGACCUAUUUACAAAAUUUCUGUAUAAAUAUAUAAAAUUCAAAUAAUAUCAAUGGAAUUUUAAUUACAGUAAUUAAUUGAUAUAUUCAUUUGCUAUCUAGUAACUAUUAAACUGAAGGUACUGCCAAAAUUGAACAUUUCUUUAGUAAUCUAUACGAAUCGAUUUUGUUGUUAUCAAAACAAUCCCAAAACUUAAUUAUCUUUGACUGCUUGUCACAAUAGCGUUUUUGUUGAAUUCUUAUGAGGUUAGCCACUUGAAGCUCUACUAGUAUUGCCUCGCUGUGCAGAAGUUUCAUUGGCAGAUAAAAUUGCAGCUGAUUUAUUUGCUUCGAGAAAAGACUUAACAAUUAGAUGAACAGACUUGGAUAAAAAAACUUUUGGAUGAAAAGACCGCAAUUUGGCAAACACACACAAAAAAGAAGGUAAUGAACUAUGAUGAGUAACUUACCAAGAAGACAGUCAUCUGUCACUUACACACUAAAUACUGCUUGUCUUUGCAUUUUGGAUGAAAUUGAUGAACUCUGAUAAACAAUUACAUCUAUAUCUCAACUAUGUCAUGGCCAUGUUACCUGACGAAUCAUGUAUAUUUCAACUCACCACUCGGUCAAGACUCGUAGAAAUUUAGCCCUUUCCUACAUUCAUUUAAGCUAUAAUACAUCUAGAUUUCUUUCUUUGUUUUGAUCUUAAGCUUGUAUGAUUACUUAUUGAACGGCUAGCCUAUAAUCUUUGAAUUAUUUUGAAUUCUUGAAACUUUUGUGAAAUCAUUUGUUUACAUCACGGUCACUAUGACGCUUAUCGAUUGAUACUGAACUCUUCAUCGCUUAGGUAAUUGUUAUAAGAAUAAUUUGAAAGGAUUACUACUUGAUAGAUGUAUGAAACUUUACGAUCUUUAAAAGGAUUACAGAUCGAACUUGUCUUUCUACAAGAUCACUAGUUUGUCACUACACUGACAUGUUCAAGUUGUCAAAUCGCAACACUUGGACAUGCCAACAUUCGAUGUGAAGCACUCUCUCAAUAUUGAGUUAUUAACAUUGAAUUGUUUUUGCUGUACAUAUUACCAGUAUGCCUUAUUAUUGUCAUUAUAUAACGAAGAUAUAAGAGGCAAGUUUUCAUUAGCUUUAUUUGAAACUCUUAGAGAUCGAUAAAACAUGCUGUUUGAAGGUGAUCGCACAAGGAGGGAAGACUGGUGACAAUUACUUUCGAAAUCAACAUGGUGUCCUCAGUGUGGGUCAUCAUGUUUGCAUGUUUGUAGUGGAUGAUGUGCUUUCAAAACUAAAAGGUUUUUCGUUUAACAAAGGAAAAGUUAUAGAAGUAGUCAUUUGAGUAGGGAGUUCUUUACAUUUUCAUAGAGAGAGAGACUUGUACUUUCCUUUAUUCAAGUAAGAAUAGUGAUCAUGUUCACAAGCAUUUCGAUCUAGUUGAAGUUAUUACAGAAAUAAAUGUCUGUUCUUGCUGUUGGAUCUUAUUGAAAGUGACAUGUGAAGGUGAAAUGUCUUAUCAGUGUCAAUCAGUAUACCUUUUACAUUGAUGUUUCUCACUUAUAAUUAUUGUGCAAAAUGACCACUAAGAAUUGUGCUAAUGGUCCAAAACUUGUGCUAAAAGACUUGUGCAAAAAGUAUUUUGUGCGAAAUGUCCAGUUACCACAAUAAGGGUGUUGAGUUGAAGGAUUUUUUAAGGUUGCAGCAGUGUCAGGUGAUGAAACUUAUAUGCUCACUUUAUUAAGAUUUGAUGAAGUGAAGUGUAUAUAGAUCUUAGUAAAGAAGAAACAACCUUCUCCUAAACCAAAAGAUAGCAGUCAAAGAAUCAAAAGGGAGGAUGACUUGUACACACUAUAGGUUUCAGGCAGCUAUCGGGAAUAGAUUGCAGAGUUCUUUGCUCCCUCUUAUGACCUACCUUUCUUGAUCAUUUGAACCUUUGGCUAUGUUAUUGGCCACUAAUUUAUUUUCAAGGCCUACAUGUAUCAUGACAAUAACAGGAACUUCAUCUUUUAAUUGUAGAGUUUUUUUCCUUCAAGGUAAAGAAUUAAUUAAAAAAAAAGAUCAUCUUAUUGAUAAAGUGCUCCCUUGCAAACCUUGUUAUAUUCUGGUCAAUGAGACAAAAAUCCAACAGCAUUUGAAAACACAGUAGCUGGUUGGAAUGCAGGGUUUACAUAUGAUUGUGUAGUCUAAGGGUCCAGGCCAGUAUAGUCAUAAAAAUGACUGUUUUUCAUAGUGGUGACUGACAUUUGACAACCUGAGAUGAUGAAUUACCCCUAGGUUGUGAAAAUCUCAGUCAUCACUACAGACAACAGUCCUUUACAGGACUGUUCUCACCAGGAUGAUCAGACUACACUGUUACAGCAUUUGAAAUUGAAGUUUUCUUUGAUAUUAACUUUGAGUGCAGUUGAUGUUCAAAGUUUGAUUUGUUUUAUCAGGUUGUUCAUGUUAAGCUGAUGUAUGAUAAAGAAAAUAGCAGAAUGCGAGGUUAGUAGAUUCAUUCUAUAUUGUACUGUAAGUGUACAGACUGGUGAUGUUUUAUUUGUUACAUUUGCUUACAGCUCUUUGGUAGAAUUAUUUACCUUUAUGAACUGUAACAAAGGAAAUAAAUAAUGGAAAGGAUACAGGAAACUUGGUUCAAACUGCAUUCAUUUUGGUACAACUACGGGCCAGUUGUUUUUGUUUACCUGUGAAAGCUUAAGUAGUAUUACAACUCAUUUACUAUGGAUAAAUCUUUUAAUCUGAAGUCAAGUGUGCACUGGUGUUUGUUUGUGCACAAGAAAUCGAGAAUCUGUAUAGGACUUAGUUUUAAUAUUUGAGAGAUUAAAACAAGCUAAUAUGACUGAUUCUGGAUGGUAAAGGAGUACUUGUAAGUACAUAUCUAAAACCUCUACAAGAGUUUAGUCAGCAAUGAUAAAUGUGCUACUAAAGCCACAAGAGUGAAGGUAACUUUUCAGUUAUAUUUUUUACCUUCAGUAUGUAAUAGCAAUAUAUUUUAAGUGUAGUAAUGAUUAUUGUAGUUAUACAUAAACUAAGAAACUAAUUUUCUCCUUGAAAAAUUAAUCAAUCAAUUGAUCAAAUGAGGGUACAUAAAUUUCAUUUCAUAACAUAAGAAACAAACUGUAUCUCUUACAUCUGUAAUGCUUAUUCUGAGACAUAUUUCUUUCUGUUGUUUUGAUGUAGUGGUAGAUCUUAAAGACCUGAUGUGUGUAAGCACCAUAAUCUUGAUCCAUAUUGUAUUUCCCUAAGUUUUCAUUAUCAUUUAAAUUUAAAGUUCUUUAAUUAUGUAUGAAGCAGUAACGCAAACCUAUUCAGAAAUGAAAAUUACUAGAAAAUUAAGAAAGUGACUUUCAAAGGCAUUUUCAGGCCUUACAAUUUGCACUGCUGGUCAGUUAUGCAGUGAGUAAUCUCGUGUGACAGGUGGUGAAGUAUAGUCCUUUGUCUUGUGACAUCUCUUCUGAUGUAGAAUGCAACAUUUGGCCUGUUUGCUGCUGGUCUUCUUUAGGUGUGAAGGACUACUGAAUACAAGUCACCUUAUGAAACAUUGUGCUUAGCUGUGAUUGUUCAGUUUUAAACAGUUGUGAUGGAGGCAUUCAUACUUCUGGGAUUUCUAUUCCACUGUCCAUUUUGUUGCUAUAAGGGUUUAGUCUUGUGUGGUUCACCUCUUUCACCCUACAUGUACAUGUAUAAUAAUGGGGAUCAUAGUCACUAAACUUUUCUCUGUUCCACAGCAGACAGUGUCCAGAUUUGCAGGCAUACCCUGAAAAUUGUGGUCGUCUGUGUUUAAGUCAGUUGUUUUGUCAAGUUUUGUGGCCAUAAAAUUCUGAAAUGAUAGAGGUCUGUGUUAAAGUCAGUUGUUUCUGUUAUGCUCCACAAUUCUCUCUUGCAUAAGUCUUCCAGUCUCACCAACAUAAACUUCACUGCAUUCACUUGGAAUCCUGUAAAUGGCAUCAUCUUCCUUCGAAGGGUCAGCAACACACUACUUGCAAUUUUAGCAUGGUCUCCUACUCUAGUUUUAAAGUUGCUAGGAAAGAUCUUUUACGUAUGGUUAAGCUGUAAAAGAUGGAACUUGAAGGUAGGCUCAGCACUGGUGGUUGGUUUCUGUCCUCAGUACUCUCAGAACAGAUGAGAGAUGUUUCUACUCCUUUGAGAUGGCAGAGGCUUUUUUUAUGAGAAGAACUAGUUAUUGGUCAGUUUGGGUCAUCCAUCUGGUUCUUUCUCAUGUGUCUUGUGGAUACAAGAAAUUUUCAGACAUGGAAUUACACAAUUUUCUUCUGCUGGGUAUUUUAGAGCUUAAAAAGUUGCUUGGUUUUUUUCUAUCUUUUGUAGUGUAUUCAUUUACUGUAGUGUAUGUGUUUUCUUUUUUCAUUAAGAUUUAUGGUUAAUACCAAAUUAGAGCACCUUGAAUUUGUUUACGUGGUGAAAAAGCAUUAAAUGUAUUUUCCAAAACCUAUACUGAGCUAUUUACAAGGCAAAAAAAAUUUAAAAGUAAACACCAAACAUUUUCAACACUACAUUGUCAUCAGAGUAAAUGUAAAGUUGAUUGAACCAACCAAAAGGGGACAACCAAGGCAAUGCAAGGUUAUAAAUUGUUUUUGUGUAAGUAAAAAUCACAGGUUCAGUUCUUUCAGAUGUGAAAUCCUACACAAAUGUCAUAUUGCUGACCACUCUGCUUAUCUUUGAAGUAGUCAAAAUGGCAGCCUAAAGAUGAUAAACAAGGGUUCAGACAUCUUAAAAGGCUUCUUUCUCUCUGGCAAAUCAUCUUUGAAGAAACUUUAAACAUUAUUAAAUAUUUGAUGUAAUUUAUAGUCAAGGGUUUUCUCUACCAAAUUGUUGUGAUUUUUUAUGUAUUACAGAAUUUUCCUCAAAUAUUCAGAUCUAAUGUGAUAUGAUGGCAAUUGUGCGAAAGUGCACCUUGCCACAGCAUUAGAAACCCUCAAUUGAUUCUGGAAUUUUACAUCAGUGAGUUAUGUUUUGUUACUGGAUAAACUUCCAAAAAUAUAGGCUUACCCAUUAGGAUUGUAAAUAGUCCUUUCUGCUUAAUCUUAAAAUUGCUUUUUCCAUAUAACCCAUCAGUAGCAACCAAUACUGCAAAAGUGAAAAACCUUGUUGAUUCAUGUUAUAUUGUUGUUAUUAGUAAUUGUAUUUUAUUAAAGUAGCUAGUUAGGGCUUCUAUAUGUCCAUGUGAUUCUGACACAUGUUUCAUUAUUAGUAGACUAGAUUAUUUAUUCCAAGACCAGUAAAUCUAACUUCUAUUCACUGUCAAAUGAAAAGAAUUGAAAUGAUUCAUUGAAGAUGGAAAAGAAAAAAAUACUGUAGCCAUUUAAGUGAUCAUGGUCAUGAGAUUUUUACCUCAGAUAUAAAAUCUAAUUAAAAUGGCUUUUUCGGUCAUUUGAAAGAGAUUCCAUGGAGGGGGCAGGGGGGGAGUUUAUUUAAGUUGUUAUAUUUUUUAUGGCUAGGCUACUUAUAGUUUCCUUGCAUGUUUGUGAUCAUGACUUUAAAGGGGGUCAUUGGCAAGGCUAUACAAAGAUUAACUUAGUCUCCACUUUGACAUUACCCCUUAAAACUUUAAUUGUCAUACUUAACUUCCUAAAUUGUGCUUGUCAUUAUUUUCUUUAACUGCAGGUUAUCUUUACAGGAAUUAACAUAUGCUUUAUUUUACGCAUUACUAUACUAUGGUAGGCUUUGGUUUUGUAACGUUUGAGUCAAGUGAAGCAGUAGAGGAGGCUUGCCGUAUACAUUAUCAUGACAUCAAUGGAAAAACGGUGUAGUUACAGUUUAAGUUCCUACUGUGUUGUAUUUGACAUGUAUGUUAGUUAACACUUACAUUGUUUACUUGUUGUUUGAGUGUAGAUCUUCACAAAUAUUGCCCUUGUUAAUGUAUUGCUGACUGGAGAGACUUCUCCAUAUUAAUCUUUAUCUAAGUGUGAACUUUCUUUGUUGCACUGGGCAUUGGUACUUUAUUCAUUUGGCUUUUUUAACUCAUUGUUCUAGUAUACAUAGUAUACACAGUGUAAAUGUGUGCAUUCAAUUGCCCAGUUCUGUGUGUUGUUUUGGCCUUUACUUUACUGUACAGGACACAUCAUUAUUAUUUUGGAAAUGAGUACAUGAAUUUUCCUUGACAAGCAAUUUUUAGUGAUUUUGUUUAUGUAAACUAUUUUCUACCUGCCCACACCUUCACCUCCAAUAAGUAAUGGUCUGUCCCUUUAAUGGGGUUUGCUAUUCUAAUUGCUAUUGCUUGCCUUGCUAAGCAUUGCUCUAAGAUCAUUUUUAAUUGCUUUAUUGGUUAACUUCACGUUAAUUGUAAGAAGUAGUAUGUGUUGAGUCAAAAACUUCAAUUGAUGCUAUUUUAGCAACAUGUACAGAGUUUCUAUUUCAAAUCCAAAAACUUGCUGUCAUUUUAAAACAUUUUAAAAUGAUACCGUUCAAAUCAAAACAAAAAAUGGAACUGUUAAUAUUGCAAAUAUGGAGAAAGCUACUAUCAGCUGUUGUUUUGCCUUACAUGGUUUAGGGAGAGAGAGGAAUUUUAAAUCCAAGGAAACAAAUAUUGCUUGUAUUUUGUUUUUGACUUAUAUAUAUAUAGUAUGUUAUGAACAGGUCUCAGAAGCUGUGCUCAAGCUGUGAAUAUUAAACUUGGUAAUAAGUUUGAGAAGAAGGAAUGUUUGCAUUGCACACACUGUACACGUUUCUACUAAGAGUGUUGCUGAAAGGCAGCAAAGAAAAGGGAAAGCAAUGAUGUCCAUAAUUGUCAUUGAAGUCACAAACCAUCUAGAAUUAAUGUUGAAAAAAUCUUGCAAUCUUUGAAGAAAUGAAAUUCAUGUCUUAAUAUAGUUUCCACAUUGUCUGACCUUAGUAGCCAUAGCAGUGGACACAUUGAUGCAUUACAUAUUUUUUUAAUGCUUGUGGUGAAUGAUUUAUUGUUAACCAUUGUGACUUGGAUUAAAUACUGAAAACUUCUCAGUUUCCCUUAGGUACAAAAUAAGAAGAAAAGGGGAUUAAUUGUUUUUCUUGUGUAGCUGAAGUGAUAGCUCUGUAGAGUGUGAAGUUAUAAGGAAAUUAUAUCAGCAAGAAUAAAAAGUGUAAAGUACAUGUGAUAUUUCACCAUAGACCACAUAGUGCAACUAGUUUUGAUGGGUAAAGAUAUGUCUAGUAACUGAUUACAUCAUUUGCAAAAGUGGCGAACUAAUUGUUUUUUUCCAGUGUAUCGAGAUUUCCACGAUACAAAUUUUUUUUCAAAUUUUCAGGGAUGUGAAGAACACUGCUACCUAUCAAAAAUGCUAAUUUAAGAUAUUUGUCUCCAAGUUAGCUUUUAUGGUAACUGUAAAAAAGUACCUGGUAUGUCUUUAGAGAGUUAUGGUUACCAUGAUAUUGAAUAUGUCAUAAGUUCUCUCCAACAAAUCUUGAACAAGUCUGUAAUAAGCUUACCUACACUUUUUGAGUGACUGAAAGCUUAAAAUUUUUAUGCUUAUUUUUAUGCUUGUUUUUAUUUGUCCUAUUGUGUCUAUGAGCUUUCAGAAACCCUUUUGACCUCUUUGGUUCAGUUGAAGUGUAGAGUUAAUUUCUCUAGCUUGCUUUCCUAAAUUGCUAAAAGUUUAUAAUUAUUGCAGUGAAUCCUCAUUAAACUUUUUGUCUUAAAUGAAACUACUUUGUAAAGGUCACCCUUUUUGCAAGGAUAGACCAGGAUGAAAAAUAUCAUUAGUUUCCAUUAACCCAAAUUUGUAUCAUGGAUGUAUGAAAUUGUUCUUUCAUAAUAAAUGUCAGGAUUCUUUUUAAAAUUUAAUCUACUUUUUCAAUGGAUUUUGAGCUGCCCUAACAACCUUUCAGUCAUAGUAAUUUUCUGUUUUGUGUCAGUUCCCUUUAAUAAUUCUUAUCAUGGUCUAACUUCUCCUUCUCUUUCAGGUUGAGGCAAAGAAAGCUGAGCAACGUGAUUCUAGAAUGGGACCAGGAGGAAGCAUGGGCAUGGGUGGAGCACAGAUGAACAGUGGGUACAACAGUGCACAGUAUUACCCUCAAAUGCAAGGUCAGAAUUAUUCUUGAAUCCUAGAUGAGAAAGUAUUUUUUACUUUCAUCACUGCUUUGUUGGUAAUUUAUAGUGAUAUUUGGCAAAAUGCUCUCUCCUGAAAGACAAGAUAUUUGUUCAAAGCUUCCACAACACUCCCAUUGCACCUCUUAGAUUUUUCUGCUACGAAAAAUUUUUGUCUUUUUAUGAUGCGUUGGCAAAAAGUGGUGUGUGAAUCAAUGAUUGUCUUCUGUAAUGUCACAAGAAGGAAUGAAAAAAUCAUUUCUACGGUUCUGUGGAAUAGAGCUCAAUAAUUCAAACAGUAAAUUCUCUCUUUUUAAAGGCCACUGCUAGUCCUUAUAGCUUGUUUUGGGUUUGCUGCUCUCAUCCUGCUCAUACUUACCUUUCUACAUAGUCCCAAAAACAACUGUUCGUGACUCUUGUUCACUCAUUUUCAGGGGACCAUUUCAAGAAAGGAAAUAAAUAUUGCUCACAAAAUAUGGAAAUUUCUAGAAGGAAGCUUAUUUAUUAGGAUACUACAAAGCUGAAAUUCAUGGCAUUUUGAUAUCUUUGCCAAAUACUCAUGUCUGCAUCUGGGAAUGUUAUAUUGUCUUAUCAUUUGGGACAGUUUUUUUUCUUCUCUUUAAAAUAGGGGGGUUAAUGGCUGACUUGAAGAAAAUAGCAACAGGGUUUUACUCCUGCUCAUUUUCCUCAAGCAGUGACACUGAAAACAACUGUUACAUUUUUAAAAGGUCAGUAUGGUGGGCCUCCUCCAGUCCCUGGUAUGGGUCGCGGCUAUCCAGGCUAUAGUGCAAUCCCUCAAGGCUAUCCUGGGGCACCCAACAUGGUUACUCCAGGAUAUGGUUAUGGUAAGUCCAGAUACACUGCCAAUCUUAGCUUUUUUCCUAAUCCUCACAAAUUCAUUGAACGAGAAGCAGUCAAAUCAGAGAUAACAAAAUAAAUUAAACUUGCAGUGCUUUCAAUAGGACCAAGCACCUGCUAGAGGUCCAGAGUGUAUUCUGUUGCGAUUCUUUGGAAGCUUUCAAAGAAACUGGCAAAGUGAGACCUAAAACAUGUAGAGAUCUUUUAGAGUUCUUUCAGUCAACUUUUACCUUAUAAACAAGUUUUGAUAAAAAUGAUUGAUAUUAUCUUAUCAUAUAUCUCAGCAUAUAUUUCAAACAUUUCCAGCAAAAGAAAGAUUUUGAGUUUCCAAGACCAUACUGACUCAAAUUUUGGUAACCAGUAACCAUGUGUCAUCUCAGAGGACUUUUUGUGUGAAACUCAGGGAGCAGGUGUGCAUGUCAGCAAAUGGAAGAUUUUGAUAAGAAAUAAAAUCAUCAGUGAAAUGAUUGUUUAAAAGAAGACAAAUAUUUAAUGAUCAUCUACAGAAGUCGGACAUGGAAAACUCUGUUUGAAGGCAGUUCAUUCUGAAUAGAAGUAAUGGAAUGAUGAGAGGGGAAUUUUUUUCGUAUUAUUCUCUGAUGGGUGCUUUACCAAGGUAGCCAUUUUGUUCAAAUCCUAUUGAAAGCACUGAAGUUGUUAGGUAAGACAACCCAUGUCCAAUAUAUUAAGAUGUGAACCAGGAAAACUAAAUCAAAUUCAUCACAUUUCUAUCAUUUCAAAGCAUGAAUUGAAAAAAAUGCAAGUUAUAUGUAAAAAACGGAAGAGAGUAUCUCAUCAAUUCAGUAGAUGCCCUUCUGUUUAUCACAGAGAACCAAUUUGGAAAAUAGUUCCUUCCAAGUUUAUUCCAAAGAAACAUUUUAAAUUGAUAGUUGCAAAAGUAACUCCUCAAGGUAAUAUAACCCCUCCAUUUUCCCACUAACAUACCCUAAAUGACUGCUCUUUACAUGUACUAUGUACAAACAGUUUUAAACUAUUCAAAUCUUUGCUAUGAUUAAUGAACAAUUUCCUGAUAUCAAACGUAAAAUAAGGGUUAUGGUUAAUGUUCCCUGUAGGAGCAUUUCAAAUCUUUGCCUCAUGCAACUGAAAGCAAUAGAGCAUUAACACCUCUAUUUACUUUACAAUUUUGCUGUGGUAGGUGGAUAUGACCAGACUUCCAUGUAUGGUGCACAAACUUCUGUUGCCACUCCUGGUAAGAAUCUGUUAAUGUUGUAUGCUGAUAUAAUAUAAAAAGAAGGAUUAUUGCAAAUGCUAUGUACCUAUGGACUAAGAGGUAGGGCUGAUAGGGAAAAUAUAUGAUGCAAGCAUGCAACUCUCAUGUGGCCCAUCUAAACUCUACUUGACGGUACCCAAGGCCUUAGCUCUCCUGGAGCAUAAGGAAUGAAAGAUCUCCUAGCUCCACCUCGUCCUGUCCUAAGCUGGCCUAUUUUCUCAUAUCUGUUUUGUUUUCAGUUGAAGCCUACAGUGAGUAGUUACAUUCUUGAAACAGACUUGGUGCAUGAUUUUGUGUACCAGAGGUUUUAUCAAACAGAAGCAAAACAAUUUUCCUUUUUGAAAUUCGUGUCAGUAACAUUUACUGGUUCCUUUACUUUUUCCUCUGGAAAUGAACAAACCUUGUUUCAUGUUUUGAUGUCUGUACCAAUUAACCAGGUGUAUGCAAUAGUUAUUUUGCCUGCUGCCAAGCCACUGACUCUUAAUUUUUUACUGGCCUCUCAGGAAAGUAAAAAUUUCAUAUUCUUGAGACUUUAUCUGUUUUUAUCAAAUUUUGGAAUAUAGUUUCCAAUGAAACAUUGAAGAGGCUCAAAUCAGGAGCCUCUCCUUCACUUAAAAGGCCAAAAAAUAACACUGAAUUGUUAUCACGUAUCUGAAGUGAUGACAUAUUGAGUCAUAAAAAGCUGCUUUGUAUUACCUGAAAACAGCAUUUGUCGUAACCUAUCAGAAUAAAGGUUUUUUUUCUUUACUUUAUACUUGAUAUCAUUACUUAAAAUUAACUAUUUUUACAGGAUAUGGAAACUAUAGUGCAGUACCUUCAUCAGCAGCAUCUAUGGCCGCAACGUCAGGCGGAUAUCCAGAUUACAGUCAGAUGUCAGCAGCAACACCCCAAGCUGGAAUGCCAGCAACUACCCCUGGUGGCCAGCCUCGCUUAGAGACCCCUGCUACCACAGACUACUCAGUUUAUGGUGAGCAAUGGGGCUUGGGCCGCACUGGGGGAAGGGCGGGGUUAUCCCAUCUUACCAUGCAGUGACCUAUGUGUUAAAAUUGAGGUUUCAUCUCUUGGUUCAAAGUUUUUUGAUCUCAGUCUGUGUCAUAGAGUCGAUUUUGUUAUGAAAUGUUUCUGCUGUACUUUGGCGUCAUUCAACUUUAAUCGUAAACCAUGUUAAUCUCAGCAGAGGUAGCGAAUCGUAAACAAAAAGGUUUGGAUUGUUGGUUUACCUUACAUCAGACCUUAGAGACUGCUCUCCAAGAUAUCGAUCUUACAAUUGGCUUCCAUUCCUAUCUAGCAAGUUGGUUUCUACUUCUCCCUUCCCGCAUUUUUAAUCUGCCGAAGUGAUACACAGCACAACAUCAGUUCAAACUCAAAAGUCACUGAUAGCGGGAUUUAUGAUAACGGUUAAUGGUAAAUUUUGUCAUAGCUGUGAGAAUUUACAGGGCCGCUCAUAUUAAAAAAUCUGUUUACAAUAUUUUUCGUUGGACAGGCCUGGGGAACUACCCACAACAGGAGUCUAACUAUGGUCCUGCUAGGACAUCCUUCUCCUCCGACUCAGGAUACAGUGGCUUUGCUGGUAAUGCUGAGCAACCUGGCUACGGUCCAGGUCCUUAUGGAGGCGGAGAAAGUCUUGGAAGGGGAGGCAAUGUUUCUCGUGGAUUUCACCCGUACGGACGAUAGAUAGCUCGAAAACCCUUCAGUUAAAAGGAAAAAAAUGGCAUUCGCUCGAAACUUAACCUCGAAACGAACGAUGUGGUCAAUAAGCUUUUUAGAAGGUCAAGGCGCUGGGAUUUCCCACUGAAAAAUUAUUUUAACCUCGAAGUUAUUGUUUGUUUUGUUUUGUUUUUUCUUUUUUUACUUCCAUUUCAAGGAAUUUUAAUUAACUUACUUCGGUUGUGAAGAAUUCUUGUAGUCGUUUUUUCUGCAUAAAUUCGCUCAUUACCUUUAAUUAUGAACGAAAUGUUGAUCUGAGAUAAACAAGGCACUUUUUUGAACAGGUUGAAAAAAAAUUCAGAGUGAACUUGAAAUCAACAAACAGGACAUUUGAGAACCCAGUUUACCAUUUAAUUGACGUUAUCAUAUUGCUUAUCUUCUGUGAGGUGAUCAAUAAAAAAUUUUUGCGGUUUUCAUUUACUGCAGUAUUAUUUACGACUUUCAGUCAGUGAAAAAGGAGCAUAGUUCUCCGCCGACAGGGUUGUGCCGGGAGAAGUGGGCAUACAUUUUAGACUGUACUUUCCCCGUUAGAUAUAUGUUUAAACAGGUGGGAGCAAGGCCUGAAAAAAACUGAAGCACCUUACCUCAAUACACACACCUCAAUUUGACAGGGUUUAUUCAUUUUGUGUAGAGUAAGAUUUAAAUGCACAGUGAGGCGACUGGUC